AUAGGCCCUCUCACAUCACCUCACACCUAUCAACCAUCAAACACAGCCCACCCUCCGGCCGGCUCCCUGUAUCUCGCCUCUUGGGGCAGCUUACCCAAUAGUGUCUUUGCCCCCUGGCCAAAGACAUCAAAAGUAACCAAUUGUAGAAGAAAUGUCUGCUAAGACUCGCCGCCUCCACCCUGAGGAACAGCCCCACCGACCAAUGGGCUGCCAACCAGGCGCAAUGAGAGGGCCGAGCAAAUAGAGUGGCGGGCGGGCUAUCCAAUAAGCAGUGGGGUACCCUUGGUUGGGGGCGUGGCAGAGGCGGUCGUCAGGGGCGUGGCGGCAGUUGCCUGGGCGGGGCCGGUAGCGGCGGGAGCUGCGCUGGCCAGGGGUUCCGGCUGUAUUUCUAUGAGCGCUGCCGGCAGCCGCGGAGCUGCGGGAACCGGAAUCCGGGCGAGCUGGACCGCUGGAGUCAACGAGCGCAGCUUUUAGGUUAAUUUGAAUACAAGAUCAGAGCGGAUUGGCCCAACUGUACAACUCUUGGAGGAAAAUCCACGUUCUCCGCGAGAGGAAUAACGACAUAGAUCAAGAUGAAUGCCAUGCUGGAGACCCCCGAACUCCCCGCCGUGUUUGACGGGGUGAAGCUGGCUGCCGUAGCUGCCGCUCUUUACGUCAUCGUGCGGUGUUUGAACCUGAAGAGCCCCACUGCACCUCCCGACCUCUACUUCCAGGACUCCGGGCUGUCACGCUUCCUGCUCAAAUCCUGUCCCCUUCUGACCAAAGAAUACAUUCCACCACUAAUCUGGGGGAAAAGUGGACAUAUCCAGACAGCCUUGUACGGGAAGAUGGGGAGGGUGAGGUCACCGCACCCUUACGGGCACCGCAAGUUCAUCACCAUGUCUGAUGGAGCCACGUCCACAUUCGAUCUCUUCGAGCCCCUGGCUGAGCACUGUGUUGGAGACGACGUCACCAUGGUCAUCUGUCCUGGAAUUGCCAAUCACAGCGAGAAGCAGUAUAUCCGAACCUUCGUGGACUAUGCCCAGAAAAAUGGCUACCGGUGCGCAGUGCUAAAUCACCUGGGAGCCCUGCCCAACAUUGAGCUGACCUCUCCACGCAUGUUCACCUAUGGCUGUACGUGGGAAUUUGGAGCCAUGGUGAACUACAUCAAGAAGACAUAUCCCCAGACCCAGCUGGUCGUCGUGGGCUUCAGCCUGGGCGGCAACAUCGUGUGCAAAUACCUGGGGGAGACGCAAGCAAACCAGGAAAAAGUCCUGUGCUGUGUCAGUGUGUGCCAGGGGUACAGCGCGCUGAGGGCCCAGGAGACCUUCAUGCAGUGGGACCAGUGCCGCCGAUUCUACAACUUCCUCAUGGCCGACAACAUGAAGAAGAUCAUCCUGUCUCACAGACAAGCUCUUUUUGGAGACCAUGUGAAAAAACCCCAGAGCCUGGAGGACACGGACUUGAGCCGGCUCUACACAGCAACAUCCCUGAUGCAGAUUGACGACAAUGUGAUGAGAAAGUUCCAUGGCUAUAACUCCCUGAAGGAAUAUUAUGAGGAAGAAAGCUGCAUGAGAUACCUGCACAGGAUAUACGUGCCUCUUAUGCUGGUUAAUGCAGCGGAUGACCCCUUGGUGCACGAAAGCCUUCUAACCAUUCCAAAGUCUCUCUCAGAGAAACGGGAGAACGUCAUGUUUGUGCUGCCUCUGCACGGGGGCCACCUGGGCUUCUUCGAGGGCUCCGUGCUGUUCCCUGAGCCACUGACAUGGAUGGAUAAGCUGGUGGUGGAGUAUGCCAAUGCCAUUUGCCAAUGGGAAAGGAGUAAGUCCCAGUGCUCAGACACGGAGCAGAUGGAAGCCGAAUUAGAAUGAGGCCUCCGGACUCUGGCGCGCUCCAGCAGCCCUCCUCUGGAACCCAUGGCUGAUUCAGGCCGCCCAUCUCCCUCAGUGACCUGGAUCUAACCUCAGACCAUCAGUGGGGGCCACCCAUCAUGCAAUCUGUCUCAAGUAGGCAGCUCUCCCUGGGAGCUCCAGGCUAUUUUUGUGCUUAGUUACGGGUUUUCUCCGUUGCAUUGUUAGCCAUGGUGACAAGCUACAAGAUUCUCACCCUUCUGUCCA